UGCGGGUGUCCACAGGUGGUUUCAUAUCGCUUCUUUAUCCAAUAGUCCCCAGCAAUAGAAGUGCAGUUCAGAAGCCUAUUUUUCAGACUCAGGUGGCCAGAGGAUUUGAUCUGAUAACAAGCAGCACGAAUCGCUCUUAGAGGCAUAUGAGAUUUCUGUGGGCUUUUUGGGAGCAGAAAGAAGGAAACAUUAACUUCAUUCUGCUGUAUUUUUGGAAGCGACUCGCGCGCAAGGGGUGUAGUGUUUCUGGUCCUGCGCUCUUUUCGGGUAUUUUGGUGCUGUCGCCUAGUUUUUGACUUGUGAUAUUCUUUAGGAGAGCACCGGUGUUGGAUCUGCAGGUGUACCAACACAAUUCGACUAUCACUGAUUAUUGAUCAACUGCAUUGAUUUAGGGUUUGAGCAGGCAGUGGGUGGAGACCUCUGGUCACGCGAUGGCGCUGACAGUGAACCUGAUUGGUCCGUCUCCAUGGGGCUUUAGAAUUUACGGAGGAAGGGACUUCAAGAAGGCGAUAACAGUUUCCAAGGUCAACGGGGGCAGCAAGGCCGAGCUGGCCGCCCUGCAGCCUGGUGAUGUCAUCCUGGAGAUCAAUGGAGAGAACACAGUGGACAUGCUCAAUGUGGAGGCCCAGAACAAGAUAAAAAACUCCAAGACUCAGCUGCAGCUGCUGGUGGAGAGGCCUGAGCCGCCCAGCCCUGAACAGACCAACGGAACCACCACCCCAGAACAGCUCACUGGACGCUUCCAGGAGGCGGUGCUGGUGAGUCGAGAUGAGAACCAGAACUACAGAGAGUACUCCAUCUCCAGCCCAGCCUCCCUGUCACCUGGACCCUACUCCCCAGAGGCCCCGUCCAGUCCUGAGGGGAAGAGAGAGAGGCUCACACCCACCAGCACCAAGAGCAUCCAGCUGCGUUCGUGGUCUCCAGAAGAGAAGACGUCUAGUCACAGACUGUCCAGACCACUGUCACAGGAGUUCUCCUCUCCCGACUUCAGGAGUAACUCUGUGUCCAGUCGAACCCCCACCCCUCCAGGACGUUACUUGCCCCACAGCCCAAUUGACCGUGAGCUGUCUGUCUCCCCCAGACGCAGCAGUUCCAGCUCGGACUUUGCCAUGCAGAGGUUUGACCGGGAUUCAGAGGUCUACAAGAUGAUCCAGGAGAACAAGGAGUCUCGCACGGCCCCUCGACAGUCCAACACCUUCCGCAUGCUGCAGGAGGUUCUGGAGUCUGAUGAGAAGGAAGCAGUUGUGCGGUUCCCAGGGCUCUCCCCCAAACCCACCCCUCCCAAACCCACAUCACCCGGGGUCGGAAUCCCCAAGUACCACACCUGUGAGAAGUGUGGCACCAGCAUUGUUACACAGGCGGUGCGCAUCAUGGACGACCGCUUCCGCCACCCAGAGUGCUACACCUGUGCUACACCAGAGUGCGGUCUCAACCUAAAGAUGCGAGGUCACUUCUGGGUGGGAGAGGAGAUGUUCUGUGAGAAGCAUGCCCGCGAGAAUUACCAGGGCCUUGGCACUGCCCCCCGUGCCACCAUCUCACCCCACCACUGAAGCUCACUGACUUACAGCAAUAGACCAUGGGCUGGGGAACGGGAGUGGGGGGGCCAACACAUCAGAGGUUGUGCCAUUUCUAUAGCAUUUAACUAUACUCUGCAGUUUUAUCAUUCAAUUACUAUGAGGUUUUGUUUUCCCAGGCCCUCCCGUUUUAGCCCUUUAGGUGUAUUGUUAUCGCUAAUGUACAGCUGUAUCUCAUUCAGACAACUUAGUGGGCUAUGCCUGCCACAUUUACACCAACCUAUUACACAACAGGACUGGUGUAUGAAUCAGAUCAAUGACAGAGCGUAACAUUUAUCCUUUAAACCGCAUUGAAUCUCCUGCUGACCCAUUUGGAGGAAGGGAAACAAACUCUUCAUUUGAAUUACAAGGCAUUUGAAAGAAAGAAGACAUAAAUUACAAAGGGUGAAAGUUCAUCUACGUCAAAGUUUGUACUGUAUUUGUGGUUGUGUGUAUUUGUGUGUGUGCUUGCGUGUGUAUGUGUGAUUCAACUUGAGCAAGAGUUCCAAUCAUUCCUUUUGAAGUGAUGGUUUAAGUGCCUGCGUUGCUGCCAUUUCCCCCUGCUAUUGGUAUCACUAUUGAAAGGUUUUAGUGGAUUUAUCUUUAGAAUGCCAAGCCAAGCCUGUUGGGUUUCCUUUUGCCUUGUGGUAGCACAUCAAUUUAGUUGGAAUUAUGAAAUACUUAUUUGCUUUAUUGCUUUUUUUAAAUAAGGGAAUAUAAAGAUGUGAUAUAUAAAUAAUAACAUUUUUGUAAAUGUUUAUUUUAUAGAACAAUAUAGAGUACCAUAUCAUACGACGUCUGAUGGCAUGUGUGUGCACAGGAUUGCAUGAUUUGUAGUACUUUUUUAGUGUGAAGACGUUUGCUGAUGCUAUUGCUGUAUAUUCCGUUUCUUCACAGCAACACCCAGAGAAAGACACAGUGUCACACUUCAUGAAAACACAUCAAAUGAAGGUUACUCAUUUUAGAAGAAUAUAUAAGGGGUAAGGGGGAACUACAUGUAUAUUGGCCUUUUGUACAGUUAGCUAUGCUAUGCAGUUGUACCAUCAACAGCUUAUGUUGUUGAAAAGUAUGUAAUGUUGGCUAAACCUUCCAGUUCCCUGGACAAUAAACACCAUGUGGGCCCAUUCUCCUCAUCCUAUAGAUGGGUACAUCUGGCCUACUGGUGCCACCUCUGUGUCUUUACCAGGGAAAUCAUCCUGGACACAGUCAUGUUCAUUUGUGCUAUAACCUGGCUGUAUUGGGAACAACAUUCUGAAUAUAUAAAAACUUAUUGGAAGUAGGUCUUCUAUUCUCUGUGACUUGGUGAUGAGCAGAUUUUUUCCACAUGAUGUUUUGUAAGAAUAAAUUGUAUCUUUGAUGCUCUUGAAAAUG